AAAUGUUUGAUAAAAUUAGAUGCAAUAUUGUAGAUAAAGUGCUGAAAAUUCCACACUGUACCACUAGUACUGUUUCUGGAAUAAAGCAAAUUAUUAUUAUUAUUAAGGUGGUUUAAACUUCCUAAUUACCAGCUAGGGCUUCAACAAACUUUCGGAUAAACCUCGAAUACGCCUAACAGAUAGGUUUAAAAGACGUGUAAACAUCAGUUUUAUGUCCUGUCUCUUUAAUAUGUUUGGCGAUAGAGGAGCUAGGUCGUCGCCUGUUCUUACCACUAAUGAGUUCUACGGAUUAUAUCUGCUUCUGAAGCUAUUUACGAAUAUACUGUGAAGCUAGCCCUUACUUGCCAACCAAAUAUCAGUCAGAUCGAAGUCACCGGUUAAUAUAUUGUAAGCCUUUGCUAGACAGCAUUAAUUUCAUUAGGAAGUACUUGGUGAAACCAAGGUUUGUGGUGCUACCUAACCCCGUGAAAAACGUCUACAAUCAAGUCUCAGUUUACGCAGAACACUAAGCAUCUCCCAUUGCCACACUGUGCUAUAAACCUCGAUUAUUUUAAAUGAGUAAAGGUUCAAUUAACAAAACCAUAUGAUGGCUGGCUAGUUGUUCCAUUGAUAAAAGUUGGCAAUGACACUACCUUGUUCUUUUAUUUGUUCUUGGUCAUUUCCUUGAAGGAUAUACACUCACUGUAUAACAAAACAAUAUAUUGCAUGAUAUUUUAACUCUCCAGCGAUUGCUCUUGUUUGAAACAGUUUAAAAUGAAUAAUCUUCACUUCAACAAGCCAUGAUCCUUUCCAUCAGUGAAAACUAAUGAAGAAGAAGAAGAAUGACUAAAGUUCAUUUAAAAGAAAAUGUAAAUACGGAAAGCUUCUUACCUGGUGUUGACAAACAUCCAUUUGAUACAAAUACAACUUGCACCUUGUGUAUUGAUACUUUAUACCUAUGGCAAAAGGUUGUCAGCUCAACCGAUAUGCGAAAAUAUCUUGACAGUUAUGCUAAAUUCUUUUGUUCAUUUUCAAUCAUAUACAAAGAUCAGUGCGAAGUAAUGGUUGAACAAUAUUUCGACACUUUUAUUCACAUAGUAGAUCAUACGAAUUAUGUGGAUUUGUGCAAGGCAACACCACUAUGCAAGGCAUGAAGAAAUAAAGUACGAUAAUAUGAUUUUACUAAAAUGUUUUACCAUUGUUCACCUCUUUGUCAUAAAAUAAAUCUAAUCGUAUUUUCUGUCCGUUAAAUUUGUUUUACUACAUAUAUAAUCCUCUACUGAUAUAAGA